UGCUCCCUUGUGCAUUUCUUUGGAAUUGGACCUGAGGUCUCGCUAGCAGCUACCGUAUAGCUAGUGGGUACGAGUUGUACUGACCCGCACGACGACGAGACUUUUAGGAGUUGAACUACAGUACCGUAGAGGCAAGAAAGAAGAGAAAGAAUGAAUAAAGAUAAAGCCACCAAACUGAAGGAUAAACCCUUGAAUCGAGGAUCUCUGACCGGCGAGGAAUCUUUUAUCGUCAACCAGAAUACGUUUACGUCUCCCGACAGCACAUUGACUUUCUUCAAGGUACAAACAUCGACCCAAGACAAGACCGUCACAGUCAUCAAUGCGGGUACCACCACCAAUCAAGUAGUGUUUCGUGAAGAGAUUUCCUUGAAACAACAACUCGAAGCCCAACUGCACCACGUUUCUCACAUACGAGAUCCCGUCACGGGAGACUUGUUGCGAUUGCAGAAACGAGUUCCGGGAAUUGGAUUCGACGCCGUCUAUCUGUAUCGUCCCACCACACCCGCCUUUGACGGACAAACGCCUUCUACUCUCGAAGAUGAUGAGGACCAGGAACUUUACCUGUAUGCCCGCCUCAAGUCCAUGCCCGAAGAGGGUGACAACACGCAAUUUUCCAUCUUGUCGGUUGUCAUUGGGAACGAUGCCAAUACUCCAGUGUCCGGAUGGGGAUACCAAUGGAAAGAUUUAUACCAAGGCAUUCGAGUGCCGCAGUUUGAAUAUCACGCCUUGGUGUUGGAUAUGCAGAAAAAUGUCAUUGCCAAGUCGUAUCAAGACAGCAACACUCAUAUGCCCAUCUUUGAAGUGGGUCCCGGUGUCGAUGCCGAUCAUGCCAUUUUUUGUUGUGUCCCCUUGCUGCCCGAUGGAUCAAAUAUACUCAAAUACGUUGGAUUGGCAGGGAAACUGGUAUUCAAUCCAUUGGCGCUUCUUCAUUGA